UCCCUGUGUAUGUUUACGUGCUCGAUCGUCGUCUGUCUUGGACUGGAGCAAGCCGAGCGACGGGAAAGAAUAAUAUAAGUUAGGUCUGUUUUGAGUGAAAGAUAGACCUCCUCCGGCAUGCCCCUCCUUCUCAAUCAUCACCCAGUUUUUAUGACCUGUUAAAGAAAAAUGAGACUGGCAAAGAUUCUCUGCAGAUGCCGCUGGCAUUCAUCGAAGGACAUGCAAAUGAGGAGGAUGUCUAUUGCCAGCCCGCCAUCUGCCCAGAAACGUCUCUAGAAAGUCGAAAUGUGUCUCUGUGUAAACGCGUUACGCAGGAUUGUCCGCUUAACUUGAACCCAUUCCUAGAAGCAAACUGCAGUAACUCACAUCUCGAUAAUACACAUUUGAUGUGCUUGGGCACUAAUGGGGAAAGCGCUAAAGAUACAUGGUUCAAACGAAUUGAGUACCUACGUUUAUUCAUGUACCAGGUCAACAUUAUCCACGGAGGGGCCUUUUCUGCUUUAUCCAACCUGACAUUUUUGGAUAUAUCAAACAAUAAUAUUACUACUCUAAGGGAAAAUGCCUUCUCGGGAUUGACCAAGCUGUAUAAGUUAAAUAUUAUCAAUAAUUUAAUCAAGCACAUUGAGAGAGGCGCCUUCGCUGGACUUUCAUCGUUACAUGAACUUGAGUUGCAGACUAACUUUAUUACAGACAUCAAUCGUGAGAACCUAGCGGGGCUUGGCAAUCUGACUUGGCUGUACCUUCAGAACAACCACCUCACAAACAUCAACGAAAGGGCCUUUUCGGAGUUGACCGAGUUGCGAGUUUUGUAUUUGUCAAACAAUUCCAUCCGGAGCAUAAGGGAUAGUGCAUUUUCUGAACUCCAUCAGCUCCUUUAUUUGGACAUAAGCUACAAUCAGAUUGCAAGGAUAUAUCAUCAUUCAUUCCAUGGUCUUGCCAAUCUUAAAUAUCUUCUUCUUUUAGGUAGUGUCCCCGAUGAGCUUCAUAAAAAUGCAUUCGAUGUCUUGACAUCCCUGGUUGUUGUAAUUACUUCAGACAAUCGAAUUUGCUGCAUCUUCAAGAAAAACAUCAACACGACAUGCAGCAGCAAUACUCCAUCACACCCUCUGGACAAAGGCUGCGAAGCUCUGUUUCCCAAUCAUGCACUCCGAGUAGCCGGCUGGAUCCUCGGACUGUCGGCUCUCAUCGGAAACGCCGCAGUAGUCCUGACCCGCGUUCAGGGGAAGACAAUGCGAACCUCUCCGGUUCAGAAUAGUUUGCUGAUCAGCCUCGCGACUGCGGAUGGGCUCAUGGGGAUGUACAUGCUUAUCAUUACGUCAGCAGAUACAUUCUAUGGACGUAGCUUCUUCUUAAGCGCAUCCCGCUGGCGGAAAUCUGGUCUCUGCAAUCUGGCGGGAUUCCUCGGUUUUGUGUCCUGUGAAGCUUCUGUCUUCACCCUAUGCCUCAUCACCGCGGACCGACUGAUGAAUAUAACGAACCCCAUCAGGGGGUAUAAGAUAAAGACCAGAGCCUGUCAUCAGGUGAUCAUCGUCGUUUGGUUCUGCACGAUCCUGACCGGAAUCACCAUUUCAAUAUUGCAGUCUGCAGUGAAGGGAUUCUACGGAUUAUCAAACGUUUGUCUUGGGUUGCCGCUGCACACCGAACCAGGAAAAGUGACUGUUUUCUCUGAACCUGUAGAGGACGCAUCUGGAGCUAUCAAAGAUAUCAACACCAAUUUUCAUCCCGAACCAGACCAACCAGUUUGGUGGUUUUCAAUCUUAACAUUCAUUUUUCUUAAUCUACUCGCAUUCAUCUUCAUAACUGUCAGCUACGCCGUUAUGUUUAUUAACAUAAAGCGCAGUUCCCGCACAACUCGAAACACCGCGCCCAGUCAACGAGAACUGCAAAUAGCGCGACGGAUGGCGGUUAUCAUAGUCACAGACUUUUGUUGCUGGAUGCCAGUUAUUAUGAUGGGUAUCCUAACACAAACCGGUGCUAUCCGCCUCCAGCCAUCGGUCUAUGCCUGGACUGUCAUCUUUAUUAUACCUAUUAACUCCAGCCUGAACCCUUUUAUUUAUACAUAUAUGUUUUACUUCGUUAAACCCAGUCACUAUUUCGGAUCAUCGGGUUCAUACAAUCCUGGCGCCCUCAGCGUCCGGAAUGACAGGAUUGAAAGAGGACUGAGACGAGGGAGGAUGAGGGAACUUGAUAGAUUAAAAUAGCCCACAAUGCAUUAGCAGUGGACCCCCAUAGCACAAUAGUUACAAAUUCGGUUUAUUAUUAUUAUCAUUGUUGUUAUUCAUGUUGUGGCUUCAAUGGAACUAAAGAGGUUUUGGGUGGAACACCAAUCCUUAGGAUAUGAUCUGACCUUGCAUUAACAGUUAUUAUGGCAACCUGGCUUUUUCAGUCUGGGUAACCUUUCCUUAGAACACUCUCCCUUCAAACAGUCUAGAUACAUCCGACACUUGCAUUUUUAUAGUAAUAUAUUAUUUAUCGUUAAUUGUGACAUUUUCGUUUUAAUUUUGCAUAAAGAACGCUAUCAAGUAUAGUUCUAAAGUGCUGCGUGUAUAGAUAAAUACCAAUGUUACCUAAUCGAUCACUUAUUGUAGAGGACGCUACUUUUGCCAUCUUUAUUAUGUACUGUAACGCAGGUGUGGUGUCGCAUGGAUGGGGCGAGGGCCAUGAUUUUUUCAAUUAGUGAAAAGGGGAAAGAGAAGAAAGAAUAGCAUGACGAAGAGUUGUCCUGGACUGUGUAUCUCUAGAAUACAAUGCAGUUAACUCCCGGCCCUCAAACCCCUACAAAAUAUGGUGACCGUUGUUUUUCUUCAGUUGCCCCUUAUCUUAUGAAUAAGCUAGCUUUUCACAUUCAUAAUGCCAAGUAUGUUAGUCCAAGACCCUACUCAAAACUUACCUGUCUAAUAGAUGAUUUACAGGUGUGGGUCGGUCGGUCGAUAGGAGGUGCACACCAGUUUUGACAAUUGAUAUUAGACGUGUUAUAUUUGUCUUUCCUUUUCUUUCUUUUUCUUCCAGGUAUAAACCAUAACAAGAAUACAGUGCACUUAGAAAUGCCCAUAGUAAGCGCCUUAUAAAUGUUAUGUAUUAUUAUUGUUUUCAUUGAUUAAGAAAAAUGAGUAACAUUAAGGUCGUCUUUUCUUUCUCCCUUAUGAACAUAUCUUUUUGCCGAACCUGCAUUCACAAUCUAUUUUUGUGCGAAAUUUUGGCAUUCUAAAUUAUUGUUUAAACAUAAAAAAAAUGAAAAAAUAAGAUUUUUAUGUCUUCCCUGAAGUAAUGUUCUUGAGUGGGCCAACAAAUCAUAUUUUAUCGCCAGCCUGAUUUCCAACAGAUUUUAUGUGGUAGCAUAUUAGUUAUUACACAUAAUCGCAGACUUAUAUUUGAUUGUUUAGUCUAUUCUAUUAGUGUAUUCCACAGUGUAUUCACAGUGUGUUCAUAGUGUGUUCACAGUGUGUUCACAGUAUGUUCCACAGUGUAUAAAUGAUUUACAGUGGUGAGUCGUUCAAUUGGAGGUGCACAUCAGUUUUGACAAUUGAUAUUAGUCGUGUCAUAUUUUUCUUUCCUUUUCUUUCUUUUUCUCCCAAGUAUAAACCAUAACAAGAAUACUGUGCCCUUAGAAAUGCCCGUAGUAAGCGCCUUAGAAAUGUUAUGUAUUAUUAUUAUUGUUAUUAUUAAUACGCCUGUAAUUUAAUUAAGAAAAAUGAAUAAUAUUAAGGACGUCUUGUCUUUCUCCCUUAUGAAAAUACAUUUUUGCCGAACCUGCAUUACAAACCUAUUCUUGUGAUAAAUUUUUUAUUCUUGGUAUUGUUUUAACAUUUAAAAAAUUGAAAAAGAGGAUUUUUUAUGUCUUACCUGAAGUGAUGUUCUUGAGUGGGCCAACAAAUCAUAUUUUACCACUGAUUUCCAACAGAUUGUAUGUGUUAUGUGGUAGCAUAUUAUUUAUUAAACAUACUCGCAGACUGAUAUUUCAUUGUUUAGUCUGAUAUUAGCAUAGAGCAAUUUUUCCAUUGUGAUUCUUCUUUUGUUUUAUACAUUUUUAAAUAAGAUUGUAUUCAAUAACUUUAGUGAAUAUUGUAAUUGAUAAUUGUGUAACCACCAUACUGGAAAGUGUGUUCCACAGUCUGUUCACAGUGUGUUCCACAGUCUGUUCACAGUGUGUUCUCAGUGUGUUUAAUUAAGCGUAAUUACGGCUGCCAAGCUACAGCUGGGGUUAUGAUAUCCAAGUCCUUUGGAAGCGCAUAGAGACAUUAUUCAUAAUUGUGAUAUGCGCGAUACAAGAACUGUGUAUUAUUAUUAUUGUUUAUAUUGUGUUCACAAUGUGUUCACAUUAUAUUUCACAGUGUGUUCAUAGUGUGUUUACAGUGUACAUAUUCACUUUGUGUUCCACAGUGUAUUCCUCAGUGUUCAUAGUGUGUUCACCAUGGGUUCACAAUGUGUUCACAAUGUGUUUUCAGUGUGUUCACAGUAUGUUCGCAGUGUGUUACACAGUGUAUUUCACAGUGUUCAUAGUGUGUUCACAAUGUGUUCACAGAGUGUUCAUAGUAUGUUGAAGAUGUGUUCACAGUGUGUUCACAGAGUGUUCAUAGUGUGUUCACAAAGUGUUCAUAGUGUGUUCACAAAGUGUUCAUAGUGUGUUCAGAAUAUGUUCACAGUGUAUUCAAAGUGUGUUUACAGUGCGUUCAUAGUGUGUUCACAAUGUGUUCACAAAGUUUCAUAAUAUGUUGACAAUGUGUUCACAGUGCGUUCAUAGUGUGUUCGUAGUGUGUGCACCCAGUGUUCAUAGUGUGUUCACAGUGUAUUCACGGUGCGUUCAUAGUGUGUUCACAAUGUUUUCACAUUGUGUCCACAGCGUGUUCUCAGUGUGUUAAUAAUUUGUUCAGAUUGCACUAACAGUUGGUGGUACUCUGAUAGCCAUUGUUUAGUUAAACAUUGGUUAACUUAGGCCACACUUUUAUGGAGUGCCACUUGUCAACUCAUUCACCAAUUCACCAAUUGAAAUUAUUCUAGUUCUGCUACAAAGAGCUGGAAACAAAAUGAUUGAGUCGUGAAAUGGGAAGAAUAUGAAAGGACAAAAACAUAAUGAAUUUUAAUGAAUCAGUCAGUACAAAAUAAUUUUCACAAAUAUGGAAGAGGUAUUAUUAAGUCAGCAUUCCAUAAAAAUGUGGGUUAAAAUUCUAGUUUAGGCUAGGGGUAAACCUAGUAGGUUUAAUUAUCGGAAUGGCACCAAGUGCGUUCCAUAGGCCCGUAUUCUGAAGUCGGGUUUAACUUAAACUCAGGUUUAAAGUUGUGGUUUAAGUAUGGUGAGCCAAUUGUUACAUAAAUCACUAACAGUAGAGAUAUCAUAUUUCAGCUCAUUUGGCUCUCAAAUCAUUUAUAAUUGUCUAGGAAGUAUAAACAAGUUGAUUGUCUUCAUCAUCGAUGAAUCAGGAAAGAGCACAGUAAACAUAAAAAACAUACAACUUAAUAAAAAUUUUGACACUUUUGGCUUCCCAUAAUUUUAGCACAGAGUUAGACCAUGGUCUAAGUUUCAGAAUACGGGCCAUAGUGUUUACAGUUUGUUAACAGUGUAUCCACCGCGUGUACCAAAUUAUCCCACAGUGUGAACUCAUAAUUUCUCUGUAGAUCGUUUCAAUAAACAGAUAAAGUGAA